CUUUCCUCCUAGCUCUCUCCCCCUUUUCUCCUUCUUCCUCACUGCCCUUUUCAUCCUUCCCCUGAUUCUCCUUUUCGUUUCACUGUCUCGAAAGUCUGCUAGUUCCGGCCACCGGCCACCGGCCACCAGGCCCCUCUCGUCUCCCGAUAAUCGGCAACCUCCACCUUCUCGGCGACAUGCCACAUCGCUCCCUCGAGCAGCUCUCCAAGAAGUACGGGGACCUCAUGUUCCUCCAGCUGGGCCAGGUCCCCACCAUCGUCCUGGCUCGUCAGGUCAUGAAGACCCACGACCACGCCUUCGCCAGCCGCCCAGCCCUGCUCUCAGCUCAAUACCUUUCCUACGGCUGCUCCAACGUCACGUUCUCCCCCUACGGCCCAUAUUGGCGCCAGGCCAGGAAGAUCUGCGUUACUGAGCUGCUGGAUUCCAGGCGCAUCCAGUCGUUCCAGUACAUACGGGAAGAGGAGAUCGGCCGGCUGGUGGCGUUGAUCGGCAGCUUGGCCGACCGGCUGGGAAGCGGCGGGGCUGCAUAUCUAAAAGACGCCUUCUUUAGCCUGGCGAAUAACAUCUUGUGCAGGGUGGCAUUUGGAAAGAGGUUCUCCAUGGGAGGGCUUAACGAGAUUUUGACGGAGACGCAGGCGCUGUUCGCGGAGUUCUGCGUCGCCGAUUUCUUCCCAUCCUUGCCCUUGCUGGACGCUCACGUCACGGGGCUGACGUGGCGGUUGAAGGCGAACCAGCGGGACUUGGAUCGGAUAUGCAGGGAAAUAAUCGACGAGCAUGUGGACCCCGGAAGGCCUCCGCCGGCACACAAGGACUUGGUGGACGUGCUGCUGCAAGUGCAGAGAGAGGGCAACCUGGACGUGCCCAUCGGUGACGACAACAUCAAGGCUUUAGUCCUGGACAUGUUCGUCGCUGGGACCGAGACUACAUCAGCAACACUAGAAUGGACCAUGACCGAGCUCAUCAGGCAUCCUGAGGUGAUGCGAAGGACCCAGCAUGAGAUCCGCAGCGUAUCGAGGAAAGGAGGAAUCAUAACCGAGUCGGACCUAGCCGACCUAGCAUACAUGCAGGCUGUGAUCAAGGAGACGCUUCGGCUGCACCUGCCGGUCCUCGUAACUCGCGAGUCCAUCGAGCCAUGUGAGCUCGAUGGCUACAUCAUCCCAGGCAAGACAAGAGUGCUGGUCAAUGCAUACGCAAUCGCACGGGAUCCACGUUCUUGGGACGACCCGGAAACGUACCGGCCAGAAGGGUUCCUUGAGAAGCCAAUUGAUUUAAAAGGGAGCCAGGAUUUUGAGUUCCUACCAUUUGGUGGUGGCCGGAGAGGGUGCCCAGGAUACUCCUUUGGCCUUCCCACCGUGGAGCUUGCAUUGGCGAGGCUCCUUUGCCACUUUGACUGGUCAUUAGCGGAUGGCGUGAGCCUAGAGAGCCUCAACCUUGAAGAAAUAUUUGGUCUAGCAACUCGAAAGAAAGAACCACUCGUUUUGAUCCCGAGACACUAUAGAAUCGGGAUUCAAGCUGAUCUGAUGGAUCCCUUGUCAUGUGGCUUAGGAUUUGACAACUUGCAUGAAGGCAUUGGCUAAUUAAGUAAUAGGUGAAAGAGCGCUUUGUUCGUUCACCAAAUUUGAAUGUUUAUUCUAAGAUAUCGAUCUCAGAUAUUGUCCAUGUCCGUUAGAUAUUUGAUUAGAAUAAAUAUCUCACUAAGUCCAUUGAUUAA